AUGUCAAACAAUGCAAAUUAUGAAAAAUAUUACAAAAAUGCUUUGAAAAAAUUUACAGAAAUUACGAACGAAUCAAACUCGACAACUACUGCUCCUAUGUCACUCUCCAAGCAUAAAUCCAUUACAAAAAUGAAAGCAACGUAUCCAUCAUUUUCUCCUGUGCAAAAAAAUCUUGACCAACAAAGAUUACAUUCUUUAACUAAACAAAAUAGUAGUAUGAAUAAUAAUAGUAAUAGCAUAUCCAGUCAACAAACAAAUAAUUCACAUAUCAAUCAAUUGGAUUAUAAUUCAAAUAUGAACAGACCUUAUUGGCCAGAAGAAACUGAUGGAUGGGUAUAUAUAAAAAAUUUGGAUGACAGUAAAGCAGAUUUUGACGCAGUUGACAUUAAAGUCGAAGAUUAUCAUUGUAUAUACUGUAAAUGUGCGGAAUGUACAUUAUCUGAAAUUGAUGCACCGAAUAUUACCAUCUUUAAUCAUACUAAUCAUACAACUUUCGCAUCAACCUCUACACAAGCUUUUACCAAAAAGUUGAAUGAUGCAAAGUUUGAAGAUGAUGAUAUGUAUUUAAUUUUGUAA